AUGAACGAGAAGACGGCCUAUGAGAAUCCGAGUCUCAGCCCUCAUGCAUUACCCACCCCCAACCAAAUAACGCCGCGCGCUGGUCCAGAAUAUGUAGCCCCCAAGCUUCAGAUCAAUGGGGGUAUAGACGCCUGGCUAACCGUAGCGGCCUUGUUCUGCGUCUUCGUCAACUCAUGGGGCAUUUUAACCACCUAUGGGGCUUUUCAAGAAUAUUAUCAGACAGUGCUCCUAUCCAACCAAUCCCCUUCGGCCAUCUCAUGGAUAGGAAGCAUCCAGGCGACCUUGAUCCCAAUGGUCGGUAUCCUUUCAGGGCCGCUAGUAGACUCCGGUUAUCUUCGCCCACUGAUUGUAUCAGGCAGCUUCCUCACUGUGUUCGGACUAAUGAUGACCAGCCUAGCAACUGAAUACUAUCAGAUCCUCCUCGCCCAGGGCUUCUGCAUCGGUCUCGGCGGCGGCAUCUCAUACAUCCCAGCACUGGCGGUCGUCUCAACUCGCUUCACCACCAAGCGCCCAAUCGCCAUCGGCUGCGCCUCAAUCGGCUCCAGCGUCGGCGCCGUGAUCUUCCCCGUGAUGUUCCGCCAGCUGCAGCCGAGGAUAGGUUUCCCGUGGGCCGUCCGCUGCAUCGGCUUCGUAAGCCUCUUCAUGGCAGCCAUCGCAUGCACGAUUCUCUGCCGCCGCCCCGGCUCGCGCUCCCGCGCAAGAAGCCUCGUCGACCGGUCCGCGUUUCGCUCGCCGGCUUUCAUGCUGUUCUCUCUCUCGCUGACGUGCGUGAUGCUCGCCUACUAUGUGCCUAUCUUCUAUGUUGCGUCUUACGCCCGGACUGUCGUUCACACUACGGCCAAUCUCUCGUUCUACAUGGUCGCCAUCGUCAACGGGUCAUCUGUCGUUGGCCGUGUCGUUCCUUAUCUGCUCGUGGCUUAUGUCAAGCCCGUUGUGAUCUUGUUUUUCUGUGUCGCUGCUUCUGCGGUAGCUAUGUUUACCUGGAUCGCGGCGAGAGAUCCCCCGGGGUUCAUUGCCUGGUCGUGCUACUGGGGUAUUUUGAGCGGAGUGCUGGUAACGGCGCCGACGUCUAUCGUGGCACACCCGGUGUUUUGUCCGGAUUCAAAUUUUAUGGGCACGAGGCUGGGUAUGAUGUGGGGGAUCUCGUCGGUGGGGGCGUUGGCAGGAACACCUAUUGCGGGUGCGUUGGUGAAUCUUGACGCGGCGCAGUUCUUGCGCGCUCAGGUCUUUGCUGGGUGUUUGAUGAUUGGGGCUAUGGUGUUGCAGGGUUGGCCGCUUUGCAAGAUCCUCCGGUAUGAUCGGGGUGGUUAG